GUAACGCGACACCUUUCGUGGCCCAUUUGGCCCGUCGCAAGUAGCUUCCCCUGCGCUGCACGCCUCUGUUCCCUUCCUCACGACGCAACUGAAGCCGUCGUCUUUGUACUGUUCUUCUUCUUCCCCAGAUCUUCCUCUACUACCGCUACCUCGUUUCUCCCCCUCUCCUGCACGGCAGCGUCGUUGCCCACCAAACUCCUCACUCCACCCGUGGAAUCUCGCCUACUUUCCCGGCUCAGAUCCGAGCUCGUACGCGAAAUGGUGAUCCUUUGUGCUGGCCACCCUGCUCCUUCGGUUCAUUCUGAAUUUCUAUCUCGAUGGCUAUCACUCAACAGCCCCAAAAUGCCUUACGCUCUCAACUCAACCGGAAGGAAACUCAGAAAGCAUAACAGACAUCGGGGGAUGACCACUUUUGCAAACAGUUCUUCAUUACAAGAUUCACUGGCCUCUGUAAAGCCAUCUCGUCUUCUGCCGACAGUUGAACCAAAAACAUUUCCCAAUAGUGUCCCUGAUGAGAUACUAUCGAAACUCAGAUUGGAAGAAUCUGAUGCCUUUUACAUACUAGAGCUGUGCACAAGUGGAGAACUUAGUUCCUCUUUGCAAGAUAAGAACUCCGCAAUCUUAGUCUGCUUAAUCGAUGUUGAGGGUGACUCCUUGUUACAAAGAGUACCAGCAAUCUAUGGGGACCAACCUGCAUAUGGCACCAAGACAUCACAAUUCCUCCCCUUUCAAAGUGGUUCAGUUGAUAUAAUCACCUUUAAAGGUCCCAAAUUGCAGACAAUCAAAGAAAUCUGGAUCGGCCUUGAAUCAGGUUCAUGGAGAUUAGAUGGUUUAAAUAUGAAAGUGAUCCAUGGAGCACGGAAUACACCUGAAGAUCUUGAGGGAACACUUGAGCUCAAGUUCAGCGGUUUACAGUACACGUUCGACAAGCUCGGUGCGGUGCUUGGUGAGGAUGGAGCUUCAGUAGUGGAAGCAAGGCCAAUUGCUGUGACUGACCUGUCAGGGAUUAGCAUUUCUGAUCUUCAAGAGGGGCAGCUAUCCUCAGCAAGGACAGCCUCAAGCAUCAAGGAACUGAAGGAAGAUGGACUGAGGGAGUAUGCUGAUCUCAAGCAAUCCUUGCUGCUUUACGACAUAUCUAUUGUUAUAACAGGUUUCUCUGCCUUCACUCUGGCUUCGAAUGAUGGAGCCGCCUACUCGUUCCUCGUUGGCGGGAUUGGAGGGUUCCUGUAUCUAUUGCUGCUCCAAAGAUCUGUGGACGGGUUGCCGGCAAUUAGUUCUCCUUCAGAAGCGAGCAGUUCAGAGCCCACUAUGAACUUCAGCGGCGUAAGAAGGCCAUGGUUGAUAUUGUCGAUUGUAAUGGUUGCUGGGGCUGUUGCACUGAAGUACGGUGCUGGUGGUGACAGCUUCGAGCUGACUCCGACUGAGCUAUUUGUUGGCGCCGCAGGGUUCCUGGCGAACAAGGUUGCUGUUCUUCUGGCAGCAUUCAAACCCUUGCAAAGUAAUUUGGAGAGCGACGAUGGAUCUGUGGACUGAGCUUCUUGACGACAUUGCUCUGAAUAUACUAGCAUAAUGUUAAAAAAGGGGGUAAAAUUUAACAGAUGUAGCAUUUCAUAGUAGCUCGACAGCAUUCAAGAUCUUAAGCUAAGUAUGGAAAGUGCAGGGGAUCAGCUCAGAGGUAGAAUUGAAGAGCGUGUGCUUGUAACUUGAGCCUACUAGUAACUUCACUCCAUCAGCAUGCACAACCACAGAAAUUCAUCCCUUAGCAUCCUUUUGAGUCAGUCAAGAACAGAUAGUCUGGUUGAUAAAAUCAUAAAAUACAUUUCUGGCCGUGACACCUGGAGAUGCCAGAUACCUCAAAUGGUUCAAAUGUUCAUUCCGGUGAGAUGGUUUGGUUACUAACUCCAAACUUAUUAUAGUUCUAGCAUUACCAUAUGGUAUACGCUGUAAAUAAACUAAUCGACUGUCCCGGGCAAUUAAGCUGCUAGAUAUUACAAUACACAUGUAUGUAUAUAAAGUGGAGUUAUAUUUGUUAUAUGUUGAAUGUUCUUAUGAUUGGAAAUAUAGAUGUAUUUUCAGAGUGUAAAA